AAAAGAAAAAGAAAAAAGAAAAGAGAAUAAUUUUAUGUUCUUUUUAUUUAUUUAUUUUCUUUUUUUUCAGCUUUCUUUUUUAUAUAUAAAGAAUGAGUCAAUAUUUAUCAAAUGAAGACUAUUUUAAUAAACAAAAGAAUAUAAAAGAGAAUUCAACGUCUCUAAUUUCAGUUUAUGAUUUACAAGAUGUAAUUCAACAAUAUCAAUCACAACCCGAAUUAUUAAAAUUAAUAUUAACAAGCAAAGUAGAAGAAGAUAAACGUAGAGCAGAGGAAGCAAGAUUACGUGCAAAGGAACUUGAUUUUUAUUUACACCAUCAUCGUCCUCCUCAUUUAAAUUUUAUUUCAACAGAGAAUGGAAAAGAAGAAGAAGAAGAAGGAAACGAUUCAUAUCAAAUAAGAAACAGUUCUUAUAAAAUCCUUCCUCAUACAAAAAAGAAGAUACACCAACAGGAAUCUUCUUCGCCUUAUAUCAUUCCUCAAUCACAUCCUAUCUCUUCUCGUGUUGAUAUCGAGGACCGUUCUUCAUUUUCUUCCAUGUCCUCUUUAUCUUCUGAAGAAGAAGACGACGACGAAGAAGAAGAAAACUAUAUUCUGGAUCAACGUCGUAAUUCUGCUGCUGCUGCCAUGCUGGCCAUGGGAGGAAAUCUCUUUGAAGAAGAACAAAAUACAAUUAUCAUGUCAGAUCAUACAACAACAGUAGUAGUAGAUGAGAAACCUUUAACAUCAAAUAGCAACACGAAAUCAAGACGUAGAAGGGAAAUGCAAGCUAUCACAAAAAUUGUAGAAACAAGAGAAUUUCCUUACAUUGAUAAUUAUUUUUGGAAAAAUAAUGGAAACACAGUACAGAAGAAGACGGGUUGUAAAAGUAUCUAUUAUAAAUGUUCAAACAGUAACAAAGGUUGUUCUGUAAAUAAAACUGUGAUUGCUCGGCCUAAUGGUGAAUAUCUUAUUAAAUAUAGAGGCUCCCAUUUACUAGAAUGUGGUAGAGUAGAAAGAAUUCGUGAUUUGUAAUAGUAAAGAAAGAAAAAGCAACUUCUCAUAUACCAUCAUCUAAAAUAAAAUAAAAAAAAUGUGACUCAUAAAAAUA